CUUCACUCAUUGUUUAUUAUAUUUUUUUCUUAUUUGUAAAGUAGUUUAUUAUUUUUUUCCAAACUAUUAAUUGCACAAAUAUUAAAUCCAAGUCACACAUUUUAUCCACAUUGUCUAUCCUAUCUUACUAUCGAAUCUAAAUAAAUUGCAUCUAGAUAAAAAAAGUUAAAAUGGGAGUUAAAUCACUAUUUAAGUGCUUUGCACUAAUUUACUUGUUAUUUAAUUAUGCUAGUGGUGUAACUCUUAAGAAGAACAAUGGCGGCUCCACUUUGGAAAGUCAGAAUACUGAGGAGUUUGUGGAGGAGACUGAGAAAACUGUGAAGGAGGUUAACCACUUGAGGGUAAUAUCUGACAAAAUGACCAGCUGGUUUUCCAAGAACAGUUUUAACCCUUCAAUGUUCUGUGAAGGCGAUUUAAGCACUUGUCACACUUUGGUUAACAGAUUUGUGACUCGCUGCAAAGCCGGCGACUGCUUCACUGUUGACAAUGUCAAGGUCUUCGCCUCAGGUGACACCACUGGUCUUUUCCUUCCUCACUUGGCUCAGUAUGAGACUGCAAAGUACGUCUUCAAAAACUCUGGAGCUAAGCAGAACGGCUGGAGUGACUUUGCUGACCGCUUUAGGACGAAUAAGGGCAAAUAUUCCCUCCAAGAAUUUACUAACCAGAUUCUAAAGCGGAAUCUUGACGCCAUGAAUGUUGAAAAUCCAACCAUGGCAGUACUAAAUGAGGUCUUCUAUGCCCUUACAAUUUACUAUCAGAAGUAUCUCAACAACAAUAAGCUCCACAGCAGUAACCAAAACAAUACCAGAUUCCUGAGAUUCUUCUUCACAGUUGGUAAAAGAAGACAACUUAACAGAUUAGUCGCGGAUGUUGUUGGUGAAAAAAAAAUGGACAUAUCACAUUCUGACGUAAAGAGCAUGGUUGACUCGUUCGUAUUGUACUUGACAAUUGGUAACUAUAGGCCUAGACAUAGACUUGCUAAUGCCUUUGGAAAACUCGCAAAACACGCUCUUGCCAAGACUAUGGGAUACAGAAAAGUUAGCUUCCUCAUGGCUGAUCAACUCUUGAACUACCCGCUCGAUCCCAUGCAGUUCUGCAAAGGCAAAGCCGACGUUGGUUGCAAAGAAACUGUUACAAAAUACUUCGAAAGAUGUGAUCACGGCGAUUGUACCUCUCUUGAUGUUGUUAACCUCUUGGAUCAAAAGGAUUGGCUCAAUGUUAAACUACCUCAGCUGCCUCAAGCCUUUGCCGCCUUCCAACUCUUUUCCACUAGCAAGGCCAAACGUCCUAACUGGCUCAAAGCAGUAUUUACGGGACAGCACAGAAGAAUGGGCAACGAAGAGUUUAAGGAUAUGUUAUACGAACGCAACUUUGCCAAUUUGACCUACAGUACUAAGAAUCAGGGCUUACUUGAGAGAUUCCUGUCUAAAGCCGCAAUUGAGUUUAUGUACAGGGCCAGAGGUACUGAAACGGGCAAAAGACUAACAAACUCAAGCUCAUUCCUUAUGGAGGCAAUGACCGGCGUCAUUGGUAAGGGUAGAGUGUUCGUCGAAGUGCCAAGAGCCAAGGCCAUGAUGCUGGCCUACAGAAAUUACCUCUACAAGUCUGGUCAUGACGUUUCUCUCAGAAAGGUUAACAGGUUCGCCUCUGAGGUUCAACACGUAGUCUUCUCCUUCCUGAAUGACCCGUACAAGGGUGUGUACUCCAAGGAAUACGAGAAGGAGUGGGAGAAGAAGGUAGAAAAAGAGGCCAAAAAGAAGCAAAAGGAGCUUGACAAACUCAAGGAACAGGAAGAAGAAAGCGAGGAGGAAGAAGAAACAAACAAGGUCAAAGACUUCUUUGGUAGAUUAUUUGGUGGCAAAAAGAAGAAAAAGACAAAGAAUGUUGAUACUGACGUAGAAGAAGUUAAGGAUAAAGUACAAAAAGAAGAAGAGGCAUAUGCCAAAGCGAGAGAAGAAAGACUUGAAGAAGCUGGACUCUCAGUUGAAUAAACUCUCCCAACCCAUUACCCAUCAUCACUAAUAACCAUUAUUAAUAACCAGUGUUACUAGUAUUACCAUUGACUAGUAUAAUUAUUGGAAAGGUCAAAACAGGUUAAACUAUCUUUAUCCUGUUAUAAACAAAACAUUGCAGUAACAACUUAACACACUUCACUGUACCAAAGUAUAGUAUAGUAGGGGUUGGAUGGGAUAUUAAUUGUCAAUUUCCAAAGGUUUCCUUUUGGAAUUUCGAGUUUAAAAUAUCCUAAAUUCGAGUAAUGUUUUGGUUAUCAAAUCGUAUUUGCGGACCAAUUCGGGAAGCAUUAAAAAAUAAUAAAAAAC